GCAGAGAAGGUGUUUGCCAGCCUCCCCCAGGUGGAGAGGGGCGUCUCCAAAAUCAUCGGCGGCGACCCCAAGGGCAACAAUUUUCUUUACACCAAUGGAAAGUGCGUCAUUCUGAGGAACAUCGACAACCCAGCCCUUGCUGACAUCUACACGGAGCAUGCCCAUCAGGUGGUGGUGGCCAAGUACGCGCCCAGCGGGUUCUACAUCGCCUCUGGAGAUGUAUCUGGAAAGCUGAGGAUCUGGGAUACCACGCAGAAGGAGCACCUCUUAAAGUAUGAGUAUCAGCCUUUCGCUGGGAAGAUCAAGGACAUUGCUUGGACAGAAGACAGUAAGAGGAUCGCAGUGGUCGGGGAAGGAAGGGAGAAGUUUGGAGCCGUCUUCCUGUGGGACAGUGGCUCUUCCGUGGGCGAGAUCACGGGACACAACAAAGUCAUCAACAGUGUGGACAUCAAGCAGAGCAGACCGUACCGGCUGGCCACGGGCAGUGACGAUAACUGUGCCGCGUUCUUUGAGGGGCCACCGUUCAAGUUCAAGUUUACAAUUGGCGAUCACGGCCGCUUUGUCAACUGUGUGCGAUUCUCUCCUGAUGGGAACAGAUUUGCCACAGCCAGCGCGGAUGGUCAGAUCUACAUCUAUGAUGGAAAGACGGGAGAGAAAGUGUGUGCCCUGGGAGGAGGCAAGGCUCACGACGGAGGCAUUUACGCUAUCAGUUGGAGCCCUGAUAGCACCCAUUUGCUUUCUGCUUCCGGAGACAAAACCUCGAAGAUUUGGGACGUCAGUGUGAACUCUGUCGUCAGUACGUUUACAAUGGGCUCCACCGUUCUGGACCAGCAGUUGGGCUGCUUGUGGCAGAAGGACCACCUCCUCAGCAUCUCCCUGUCUGGGUACAUCAAUUACCUGGACAAAAACAACCCCAGCAAACCCCUGCGGGUCAUCAAGGGUCACAGCAAAUCCAUCCAGUGUCUGACGGUGCAUAAAAACGGUGGCAAGUCCUACAUCUACUCCGGGAGCCACGAUGGACACAUCAAUUACUGGGAUUCUGAGACGGGGGAGAAUGACGCCUUCGCCGGGAAGGGCCACACGAACCAGGUGUCCAGGAUGACGGUGGACGAGUCCGGGCAGCUGGUUAGCUGCAGCAUGGACGACACUGUGCGGUACACCAACCUCACGCUGAGGGACUACAGUGGGCAGGGAGUUGUGAAGAUGGACGUCCAGCCCAAGUGCGUGGCUGUGGGCCCCGGAGGCUACGCCGUGGUCGUGUGCAUCGGGCAGAUCGUCCUGCUCAAGGAUCAGAAGAAGUGCUUCAGCAUCGACAGCCCCGGCUACGAGCCCGAAGUGGUGGCGGUGCACCCCAGCAGUGACACGGUGGCUGUCGGGGGCACGGACGGGAAUGUCCGCUUGUACUCCAUCCUGGGCACCACGCUGAAGGACGAGGGCAAGCUCCUGGAGGCCAAGGGCCCCGUGACCGAUGUGGCGUAUUCCCACGAUGGCGCUUUCCUAGCCGUGUGCGAUGCCAGCAAAGUGGUCACGGUCUUCAGUGUCGCGGACGGCUACUCGGAGAACAACGUUUUUUACGGCCACCACGCGAAGAUCGUCUGCCUGGCCUGGUCACCAGACAACGAGCACUUUGCCUCCGGUGGCAUGGACAUGAUGGUGUACGUCUGGACCCUAAGUGACCCUGAGACCAGGGUCAAGAUCCAAGAUGCACACCGGCUCCAUCACGUGAGCAGCCUGGCCUGGCUGGACGAGCACACGCUGAUCACGACCUCCCACGACGCCUCUGUCAAAGAGUGGACAAUCACCUACUGAGGAGCCCCCUCCUCUGUUCGGACCGAAUCAGGGACUUGAGCUUAACCGCGGCAGAACACGUCGUUUCUCUAAAUAUUUCUGUCCUGCGCCCCCACGCCCCCGCCCCGCUCAGGAGGGAGGGGCCUUACGCGAGUACCCUCGGCUCUCUGCAGGGUGUUCCUCUCUGUACACGUCCUUCUGAAAGCUUUAGACAGUGACAGUUUGCACAUGAAAAAUAAAGCAAGCACUUAAACACCGUGUGGAGCGUAACUCAAACCCACCACCCACCCCAGCCCGAGUGCAGAGCAUUCCGGAGGCAGAGCCUCGAAGGCACACAGACCCGCCCCGCGGCUCCUGCUGUCUGUCGGGAGGCUGCGGUUGUGGGCCGCCCCCUCCCCGCGGACCCCCUCCCCGCGGAGCACCCCGCGUUGGCGGGCGCAGGUCUGUGCAGAGCAGGGGCCCCCCCCGGGCCGGAGCGCGCGCCCCGCCGUGCGGUCGCCCCCGCGGCGGACGGGUGCACCCACGUGAACCUUGGAUUCGCUGUCCGUUGUCGUGCUUGAUUUUAAGAAUGGAAUUGUGGGAGUUCUGUUUUUUGGUUUUUUUCCCCCCCUUUUUACUGUGUCUUUAACUGUUGCCUGUCCGUGUUUACCGGCCAGCGCGCCGCCGCCUCCGGGUUUUCGGAGCCGGGUCAGCCGGACCCCGGUGUCUCGGCCCCCGUUUUGCUCUCCUGCUUUGAUGUGUUCCUGUCUGUCUCUCCCCCUUCUGCCCCCAAGAGCAAAGGUUAAUUUAAAGGCAGAGGUGACGUCACUGUAACCUAACCUGUCAUGGUUUUCACCUUUUUUUUUUUUCCAGUGCAGCAAUUAAAAGUAAGUAUAAAGCACGGUGAUUUGUAGUUUUUUUGCGUGUGUUGGAAUUACUGGUAAAUGUUGGCUGAGAGCAAUCGCUCCCUUUGCACUUGUGAAAAUACUUGAGCGCUUUAAGAGAUAAGACCAAGAAGUGAUUAAAUGUCUUUCUCGUCA